UCUUUUUUAUUUUGAACUUUGGUUUUUAAUUUAAGGAUUGUGAGUAAGGUUGUUGAAUCCAAGACCCCACUUAAGAUUUUCCUAGGUACCAAACAAACUUCGAGAGUUUGGUACUAGAAUCUCAUCUUUAUUUCCCUUAAUCAAUCAUCAACAAAUCUUUAAAUAUCAAGAGUUUCCCUUCAUUAAUUCCUUAAAAGAGAGAAGCACUACACAUAGCUCAUCUUAAUUAGCUUUGCUUCAAUGGCUUCCUGUUGCUAUCCUGAUAUAUUUUCUUGGAUUCAGAAACUUCCUCCACUUUCUCAAUGGAAAGAAAAUUCCAUGUCCACUUGCUUAUGUUCUUCUUCAUCUCAACCAUCUCUCAAUCUUUCUGUGAUCAAGGACCUUCUCUCUCCUACUGUUUCCUUCUCCAUAGUUGCAGACUUCAAUCUCCCCAUCUCUCUUUGGACUUCAAAACCCAUUAAGACCAAUCCCAGAUCCUCCAACUUGCUAGAUGAUGAGACAAUUUCUUGCCUUUUAGUCAACCUUAUUGAAGCUGUUCUUAGUUAUUGUUCAAACAAGUGUAGAUCUUCCAUCAAAGUACCCAAGUUGUUGGAUUCUGUUCCCAACUUUAAGCACAUCUUUAAUCUUGUGUCCUUCACUCUUUCAUUUCUCAUUUGCAUCUAUGAAGCUCCUGCUAAUCUGAGGUCCAUAUGUCUUGCUAAUCUCAAGAGUCAACUUACUAAUCCUCAGCUAAGAGAAGCAUCAGAAUUGCUUAUGAAAACUAUAGGAUCUAAUCUAGAAGAGCAAUGGAUGCGUUCAAUAAAUCUUGCUAUUACCAAUUGGAUUCAAGAGCGUCAAGCUAAUAAUACAACUUUCAAUACUCCUUCACCACUGUUUUCUUACUCACUUUCAACAUUUGAGCUUUGGAAAGUUCAUUUGUAUUGUCCUAUUAUCUCCAUGGAUGUUGAGAGUUCAAAUAAUUCUUCACCUGAUGAAAGACUGCUUUUUUCACUUAAACACCAUCAACUUGAAGGGGUGAUCCAGUUCAAUUACAGAGUCAUCAUUCAAGAGAAAUGGGUUGAUGUGCUUGUGGCCAUAGAUAAUUUAAGGUGUGACAUAGUCCGGCUGGUGAAUGCAACUCUCAUAAAAGAACGAGGAGUCGGAACUGAAGAGAAGCAUUUUCCUUCAAGAAUAUCACUACAUCUAACUCCAAUUCUCCAAACCAACAUGAUAAGUGUUUCGGUCAGCAAAUCAUCAGACAACCCAACAAGAGAGAUUGAACUAGAAAAGAGCCUGGAAACUUCAUUUGAUCCUCCUAGUUCUUUGUUGGGGCUAAAGCUAUCAGUUGGAGAGACAGUAUCUACAAGCUUGAAACCAUGGAAAUUUGAGGAAUCAGUUCAUGGGUAUAGUGCAAUAUUGAAUUGGUUUCUUCAUGAUACUAUGGAUGGAAGGGAGGUGUCCUCUUCAAAACCUUCAAAGUUGGCUUUGAUAAACCCUAGAGCUUGGUUUAAAGAUAGAUAUUCAAGUGCUCAUAGACCUUUCAACAGGCAAGGAGGAGUUGUGUUUGCAAAGGAUGAGUAUGGAAAUGGGAUAAGGUGGAAAGUUGACAAAAGUGCUAUAGGGGAAACAAUGGAGUGGGAGAUUAAAGGGUGGAUUUGGUUAACUUAUUGGCCUAAUAAAUAUAGAACAUUUCAUAGUGAAACUAGGAGGUUGGAAUUUAGAGAAAAUCUUCAUCUUCCUAUAGCUUAAUUAGGUAUUUGAUUUAAGUUUCCCACAUUAUCAUUAUUAAAGAUAAUUACAACUUGAUGUUCUCCAAUUUCUAUUCUAGAAUAAGGAUUGCCAUUUUAUGAUUGCUAAUGAAUGCUUUAUUAAAUAUUGAAAUUCAAUUAUUAUGUUUAAAUAAUUUAUUUUAA